CAUCCAUCGUUAUAUUGUGUCCUAUUAUCCGCUCUCUUCAUUUACCUACCGCCCCGGUAGACAGCUAGAUCGAAUCUAGGUAGGACAUUGAGCACUUCCAAUCUUCACCGCUUUGAUCCCUCCCUUCAGCAUGGCCGACGCCGCCCUCUCGGCAAUAGGGCUUGACCCAACAGCAGUCCCAUCUGCAACCCUUCAACAUUCAUCGCCAACAACACAACCAGCUCCUCCUCCCCUGGAGACAUCCCAACUCCCAACCCCUUUCCACAUCUCCCUCAACUCCACCCAACCCACGACCCUGGUCCUUCUCCACGGCAUCCUCUCCUCCCACCUCGAAUUUACCCACGUCAUCCCGCUCCUGUCAGCCCACCACCUCCUCCUCGUCGACCUCCCGGGCCACUCCAACUCGUUCUCCCCUUCCACUCCCCGCAAGCCGGAGAGCUAUUCCAUCGCGUCCAUGGCCGACGCCGUCGCCGCCGUCAUCCGGGCGCAUGCAAAUGGUGGCAAGGCGCACGUCGUGGGCGUGUCGAUGGGGGGAUUCGUGGGGCUGGAGCUGGCGCGGCGGUACCCCGAACUGUGCGCGAGCGCUUGGGUCACGGGGGCGGCGCCGUUUGAAGGGUUUACGGCUUGGUUGGCAGCGCGGCCGGCGUGGAUUGAGAGGUUCAUGUGGGCUAUGGAGGUUUUGCCUGACGGUGUGUAUAAUUGGUUGGCGGCGUGGCAGGGAAUGAGGCCGCACGGGGAACUCAGGUUGGAGAUGAGGAGGAAUAGGAGGUCGGAGGUGAUUCAUGGGGUUUAUGGGAGUAUUCUUGCGGGGGUUAGGUGGGAUGAAGUUAAGGGAAUUGA